AUGUUUCAAUCUAUAAAUAAUGCCCAACCUAAAACUAUAGUCCAAUCUAUAACUAAUGCUCAACCUGGAACUAUAGUUCAAUCUAUAACUAAUGCCCAACUCCAACCUGAUAUUAAGGAUCAACUUGAAGCUAAAGAUCAACCCGAAAUUAAGAACCAAUCUAUAAAUACAGAACAGCUUAUAGCUGAAGACAGUAAUAAUCUUAAUUGGAUGUUUGAAUUGCAAGACAUAUUUGAAGAUUCAUAUCAAUUGCAAGACAUAUCUGAAGGUUCAUAUCAAAAUAUUGAAGAAUCAUAUGAUGAUUUGUAUGAGAAUAAUGAGCCGGAGGAUAGUAUAGUGAGUGAAAUUUAUAGUGAUUUGGAUGAAGAUAGUUAUGAGGAUGAUGAGUCAGAGGAUAGUAUAGUAAAGGAAAUUUAUAGCGGACAAACAUUUAUAUCAUUUGAAAUACUUGAACAAUGUUUGAAACGAUAUGCUAAUCGAACAGGUUUUGAAAUAAGAACUAUAAGAUCUGAAAAAGAAGAGGGUAAUUGGUCACGAAAGACAUAUAAAUGUCAUCAUGGUGGGAAAUACAAAGCUAAAAAAAAAGUGGAUCCUACCCAAAACCGAGACAAAGAAUCAGUUCGUAUUGAGUGUGAGUUUACAGUAAAUGCAUCAUAUUGUAGAUCUGAAAAUCUAGUAUUUGUUAACAAAUUUGUUAGUCAACAUAACCAUGACUUACAAAAUCAAGAUUCUCUUCAAGAAUUUUCACCAGCAUUACGCAAAAUACCAGGCCAGAUAAUGGAUGAAAUACAAUUUUAUGUUCAAGAGUAUCAUAUUGGGGCUACAGUUUUAAAAAAAAUAUUAAGAAAAAAAUAUCCAAAUCAAGAUAUACAUUCUCAAGAUCUUUAUAAUGCAAUACAUAAAUUCAAGACUGAUGCUCAAGUUAAAAAUGAUGCUGCUGCACUUUUUGAACAUUUAGUUCAAUUACUUCCCCGGGUUUCUAAUACUAUUUUCAAGUGUAUAGAUGAAACAUUUAAAAAAUAUCUUACACCAAACUUACUAGCAUUACAACGAAAGCAAAUGGUAGAAAGUCUGUUGUAUAGGGUUAAAAUGAAAGAUCUUGGUGAUGUAGUAAUGCAGGAAUUAGAUCAGUACAGUAUAGGGUUUCUUGAGGAUGAUUAUGAAGAACCACAAGUCUUAGUUAGUAUGGCUUUAAAAGAUUGUUCAGAGAGUAUUUUAAGUGAAAUUUGGGAGGAAGGACUUUUAUUAAAGGAAAAGGUACAAGAAAAUUCGAUUUGGUUAAUUCAAACAGAAGAUACUGAAUUGCAAACUGGCACUUUUCAAACUUUAAGCACUAUCCGUGGACAAGAAAUUUUUGAUGAAUCUUUUACAAAUUUAAAUUCAAGAAAAGACUUAUAUGGUCGUAGUAUUGGACUUUGUAAAAAGGCCUUAAAUUUAGCGAUUUUAAAUAAUUCUACCCAAUCAUUUGAAGAACUUUUACAACAAUUUAUUAAACAACAAAAUACUUCUAUUGCACCAAACAAUAAUUUAAUAGAAUCGUCUAAAAAUAUGGUCAGUAUUACAAAUCCACUUCAACAUAAAGGAAAAGGCCGACCUACAAACAAAAGACACUUGUCAGCUAUUGAAAAUCAACCUUCUAGAGAAAAAAAGAAAAAUAAAAGACAAUGUUCUAUAUGCAAAUCUUGGUACCAUGAUUCAAGAAAUUGUUCUGUAAAAGAUA